CUCCCACCCACAUGCUGGAGUGAAGAUGGCCAACUUUCUGUUCAGUUCUGCUCACGAAACCCUCUGCUUGCUCGCGCGACAUGCAAGAAAGCCCAGCUUUCAACUAGGGGCGUGCACAAGUAGUCGCCACUAAAAGACACUGCCUCGGUUUAGGUCGAGCGCUCCGAAGGACAGAAUUACGUGAGUAACGCGAUCAUUCCUCGUCGUCUGUUGUUGUUUUCUGGGCUCGUUGGUGGACCCAGAUAGAACGCGCCUGAUAGAACGCCCGCAUCAUGCCUUCACGAUCUCCUCACCCGUGGCACCUAUAGGAGGAACGACGACGCCGUUUCCUGGCCAUGUCGUUCGUUCCUCGAAGCUUUCUCGCGUACGAUUCGCCCUCGCUUCUUGUUCCCGGCGUGCUUUCUGCAGUGGGACUGACGUCGCUCACCCACGCCGGCCAUGGCGUAAUGGCGGCUGGAGUUGUCGAUUUGGCGCUGGCGUUCCCUGCAGUCCGCGCUGAAGCUUCUCUCGUCGUAUCGCGACGACGUUAGCCAGUAGCACUAGUAGCGCGCUCUGCCCUUCCGCUUCCCCUGGCCGUCCCCCGGCCGUCCCCCCCCUCUCGGCUGCGCGCAACCAGCUCCCCGCAAUGGUGGCCUCGGCCGCUGCCCCAGCGGCCGCACCGGUGACGUCCCCGCUUGUGCCCGCGCGCACUCGGGUGAAGGCGGGCGGGGAGGAGAUUGGCGCAGGGAGGUCGGAAGAGGGACAGUUGCGCGGGGGGAUGUUGGGGAAGGUAGAGAAGAACGCACGGGACGUAGGAAGGGAGACGCGUGGCAAGGCGAACAGCAGGAGCGAUGACAAGGAGGCGACGCGAGAGGAAGACGAGGAGGAGAAGGAGAAGGAGAAGGAGAAAGAGAGUUACGUGCGCAAGGAUCAUUCGCUGGCGGCCCUCUGUCACAAGUUCUUCUGCGCGUAUGCCGCGCGCCAAGGCGCGGUCGUGUCGCUCGAGGGCUUCGCCUCCUCCACAGGCGUGCGCAAGCGGCGCGUGUACGACAUCGUGAACGUGCUGGAGAGCAUCCGCGUCGUGCAGCGCCAGGGCAAGAACGAGUACGUCUGGCUCGGCGCCUCCGUCCUCCCGCAGGCCGUCGCCAACCUCAAGGCGCAGGCGCUGGCUUCCCUGCAAGGAGCGCUCGCGCCCACGGCUCUUCCCCCUGGGGCUCUCCCCCCUGUGGCUCUCCCCCCGGGCGGCUUCCCCCCUGGAGCAUUCCCCCAUGCGGCUUUCCCCCCUGCGUCGCCUGCUGGCAGCGUGGCUCAUCUCCCCCCCGCGCUCUUCUCCUCGCCCGCCCAUCUCCGCUCGCCCUUGGACCCCCCCCUCUCCCCCAUGGGCCUCUCUCCAUCCCGUGCUGCUGCCGCUGCCGCUGCUGCUAUUGCUCCCACUCCUGCUGCUGCCACGGGUGCGGCAGCGCCAUGUGGUGGUGCGGGUGUUGGUGCGGGGGCGGCGCACGCCCCGGCCAUGCUGCUGUGCACGCCCGCGCGGAACGGGCGCGCGUGCAGCCCGCUGCCCGGCCAUCUCAAGCACGACGACGCGCUCUCCCUCUCGCCGCUCUCGUCGCCGGCAGGAGCGGGUCGCAGCGACAAGUCCCUGCGCUCGCUCACGCACCGCUUCGUGCAGCUCUUCCUGCUCGACGAGGCUCGUCUGCUGUCGUGGGACCAUGCGGUGGAGACGUUGCUGCAGGUGUCCUGCGACACGCACAACCUGCAGACCAAGGCGCGGCGGCUGUACGACAUCGCCAACAUUCUGGCGGCCAUCUGCCUGGUGGAGAAGCUGCCGCCCGCUGCCCCCAGCAACAGCCCCUCGGCGCGCCCCACGUACCGCUGGCUCGGCACACAGGGCGUGGCGCUGUGCCUCGACAGCAUCGCACGAGGCUCAUCAUCGCAGUCCGGGGGCGCAGCACCCAGCCCACUGCCGCCUCUGUCUCCUCUCCCCUGCCGCACUUUCCCCAUGCACUCACCACCACCAUCAACAACAACAACAUCACCAGCACCAGCAGCACCACCUGCUGCCACAGGCACAGGCGGAGGGUUGGGUGGUGCACAGGCUGCAGUAUACGGUAGUCCCAUCCCAUUGCCAUGCACCCACGCAGGUGGGGCGUCAGGAGAUGGCCUGAGUGUAGGUGAGAGAGGAGGUGCGAGAGGAGGUGAGAGAGGAGGUGAGAGAGGAGGUGAGAGAGGAGGUGCGAGAGGAGGUGAGAGAGGAGGUGAGAGAGGAGGUGCGAGAGGAGGUGAGAGAGGAGGUGAGAGAGGAGGUGAAGGGAUGUGUACGGCAGCAGCAGACGGGGUAGGCAGGUCAGUCGAUCAAGGGACGGCGGAGGCUGGUGUUGGUGGUGCCGGUGCCAGUGGUGGUGCUGCUGACAAUGAGGCAAGCAUGGGGAAUACAGGUGUAAUGGGUUGCGUGGAUGGCCGCCGUCUACAGUUUAAAGAGAACAACCCACACCAACAGUACAGCAUGCAGCAAGAGUCAACACAUCUACCCGAGCAGCAGCAACAACAGCAACGACAACAACAGCAGCAACAACAGCAGCAGCAGCAGCAGCAGCAGCAGCAGCAGCAGCAGCAGCAGCAGCAGCAGCAGCAGCAGCAGCAGCAGCAGCAGCAGCAGCAGCAGCAGCAGCAGCAGCAGCAGCAAUCAUGUGCAACCCGUAAACGUGCUCGGCUAGGGGAGGAAGGCGAGGCAGGGCGGGGGCGCAGCAAGUGCCGGGACCUGGGGAGGGGCCGAGGAGGUCGCGGCAUCGUGUGGGCCGCAGCAGACGCAGUGGCCGCUGCUGCCGCUGCUGCCACUGCUGCUGCUGCUGCAGGAGGGAAGCAGGAAGAGAGGGGAGGAGGAGGAGCAGGGUUAGGAGGAUCAGGAGGAGGGGGAAGCGGAGGUAGAGGCAGAGGGGGUGUGAGAGGAGGGUGGGGAGGUGGGAGUGGGAGUGGGAGUGGGCGUGGAUCUUCUCGGGACCUGCCUGCUGUGCGCUGUGUGGCGCCUAGUCCGCUACGGGCUGCCGCCAUUCACUCUGUGCCACCUGCUGCUGCUGCUCCUGCUGCUCCGGCUUGUGCUUUCAAUUCCGCUGCUGGCUCCAGUGCUGCUGCUGUUGCUCCUUUUGCUACCGCAUCUCCUGCAGCCUCAUCACCUGUUGCUGUUGCAGCUACUGCUGCAGCUGCCGCAGCUGCUGCAGCUGCUGCCGCCCCCACGCUUGACUUAUCUCCUCUUGCCGCCUCAUCACCUGCUGGCACCUCACCGGCUGAUAGUUCCGCUGCUGGCUCUGCGGCUGGCCCUGCGGCUGGCCUGUUCCCAUCGCCUGCAGCAGCGGGCAAGAGCAAGCGAGGCGGGCCCAAGAGCAAGGCGUCAAGGCUGCUCGUCUUCCCAUCAGACUCUCGCACUGCCUCUCCCGCUGCUCCCGCUGCUCCCGCUGCUCCCGCUGCUCCCGCUGCUCCCGCUGCUCCCGCUGCUCCUGCUGCCCGCAACGCUUCUCCCGCUGCUCGUAUCGCUUCUCCCGCUGCCCACGGUGCAACACCAACACCUAAUGCCCGCAGUGCCGUCUCCCCGUCUCCUCUCCAACCUCGCCCCUGUCUGCCGAACCUUGCCUCGUCCUCUCCCUCCCAACCCCCACUCUCUCCGCUCUCCGCUCUCUUCUCCUCCCCCCACCCUUCUGCUGUUCCUACCCCGUCCCGGCUCCCUCUUGCGCCCGUCCCCACUGCCCGUGCACUCACAGCAGCCACUGCUGCCCUUCACCCAGCAGAGCGCGCCUCCCCAUCAUCCCCCGCCACUACAGCAGUCAAUGCCGCCGCAGUGGCUCUCUCGGCGCCCGUCUUCCGCUCCCCUCUUGCCCCGUCGCCCAUCCAAGCUAAAGCACCCACGGCAACCACAGCACCAGCGGCAGCGGCAGCGGGUACAGCAUCGCCAACACCAGGAGCAGGAGGAGCAGGAGCAGCAGGAGGAACACCGGGAGGAGGAGCAGGAGCAGCAAGUGCAGAGGCUGGCUUUCCAAUGGAGCAAGCAGCUCCUCCCGCGUGGUAUCUGCGCUUGCCGCUGCAACCCCUUCACCUGCAGCCGCAGCAGGCACAGCAGCAGAAGCAGACAUUAAAGCCGCAUGAGGAAGGGGAGCAACACGUCCGAGAUGCUGCAGCAACACUUGACCUUCCCGCUCCUGCUGCUGUUGCACCCUCAGCAGCGGCAGCAGCGGCAGCAGCAGCAGGUGAUAGCAUUGCCGAAAAAGCACAUGACACACGUGCCACCUCGCCUGGUGGCUGGACGAGCGGGCAAGGAGAGAAAGGCGCAAUACACCAACCGGCUUCUGCCCGCAAGCAGCAGGCGAGGGCGGGUGCGAGAGGGAGAGCAGCAGAGGGGCAGGAGAACCAGGAGCUUGUGGGACAAAGGCUGGUGUGGGCAGGGAGGCGGGGGAGGGCUGGCGCAGAGGGCGCGGGUAGGGGGGGAGUGAGAGGGAGGGGGGAGAGACGAGGGCGCCGAGGGGAGGAGACCCGGCCUGGGAAGCGGCAGAAAGGGGAGGAGGCAACGGCAGGGAGAGAGGAAGGGGCAAGGAGCGCUGUGGGGGAAGAGUGCGAUCAGGUGCAAGGGGCUCACUUGGUGGAAGGCAGGAGUGCUUUUGGAGUGGUAGACUGGGGAAGCGAUGGGGGCGAGAGAGCAGGCGAGGGGGCAGCAGCUGCAGGAACAGGAGAACGGGUGGGGAAAGUGCAAGGUGAAGCGGCAGAGGCGGCGGCUAAGAAUGGGCGGGGUGAAGGGAUAGGUGAAAUGUGUGCGGUAGCCAUGCGUGAGCGAGAGCGAGAGGGGGUUAGGACUACAGUGGCCAUGUUGCUGGGUGCUCGAAUCGAGGUUCUAGCCCCAGCAAGCGCGGCCGAGGCAGAAACACAGGGAUGUGGAAGUAAAGGGGAAGGAGCAGGGGCUCUGGGUAUGCAGUGGGCGUGUGAGGCUCAGCUUGAGGGCACUGGUCAACGGUUCACAGUGUUGACUGAGAGGGAGGGGGAUGGGGGCCUGGAGGAGGAUGCGCAGGGGGAGACACAUGGAAGGGGAAUAGAAGGAGUGGGGAGGGAUGGGAGGGGGGAAGGGAACGGGGAGUGGGAGGCGGAAGGGGAAGGGGAGUUGGAGGGGGAGGGGGGGAGCAGCAACACUGGUGGGGUGGAGUUGAGUGAGGGGAGGCGGGGGGAGAGUGAGGGGGAGAUUGGGCUUCGUCUUGAGCUGGGUAUUGGUCGGGGCUCUGGUUUCAAACUGUCCCCUUCCUGCUACAGCCAACCCCAUGUCACAGGCUCUCUUGAAUUUUCUCUCCCUACCCCUGCAACGGACGCUGCAGCUGCAGCGGCUGUUGCUGCUGCUGGUGGCGAUGUUGGUGGUGCUGGUGGGUGCAGUUCGCGCAGUGGCACGAGCAGAACGAGCAGCAGCAGUGUGGUGCAUGGGACACCCACCACAGGUGACUUGCAGUUGUGUGCAGCAGGUGCUGGUCGCCAUGGCACGUGCGUGCAAGGUGCACAGAGAACGGGUUUGGAUGAAGCAGCAGGCAAUGGGAACGAGGUGCUGUCGCCCGUCUCGUGCUGCCGCUGCUGCUGCAGAUGCUGCUGCCACCACACGAACGCCUUUGCAUGCAACGAAACCGUUGCUGCUGGUGCGGGUGGUGCGGCUUCUCCUGCUCCCGCCACUCCUGCAGUGGACGGGUUGCACGGCACGGAUGCAAGGACAGGCCUCUCCCUUUCUCUAUCACCGGGAGGGCAAGCGAAGGGGAAGGAUGGAGGGAAGGGCAGCAGUGGAGCAGAUGGGGCGUCACCAGAUGGGGAGGUGGGGCGCCAGAUGGGGAAUUGUGAGCAGAGAGAGAUUGCAGUCCGGGCAGCGGGGAUUGUUGGAGCAGCAGGAGGAGCAGGAGGGGCAGGAGGAGCAGGAGGAGCAGGAGGGGCAGGAGGGGCAGGAGGGGCAAGCAGAGGGGUAGGGGCGGGGGCCGGUGGUGGGAGCAAAGAAUGUGGGGAAGCAGGAGGGGAACGAUUUGCCAGUGCUGAGGGUGAAGGUUCAGGUGCUCCACCCUCCAAUAACGCCGCAACUGCUGCUGCCGCCGCCGCCGCUGCUGCUGCCGCUGCUGCAGCAGCUGCUGCUGCUGCGAUGGCAGGAGGAGGAGGGGGAGGAGGAGGGGGAGUAGUGGGAGGCAUGGAUGGUGGUGGAGCGGAGAUGGCAGUGGGUGCGGGGGAAGGGCUGGGUGGGAUGCCUGCUUGGAACUCAGCAGAGUUUGACUCUGUCAGGCGACAGUAUCCAGCUUUCUCCGCCUACUUUCUGGAGUUCUCCCGCGCGCUGCACACGCUCUACAAGGACAGCCCUAUAAGGCCUCUUGCCGCCCCCCCUCCUCCCCCUCCUCCUGCUGCUCCUGUGCCGCCCCACCAGCCUCCACCCAGUCCCCUACAUCCGUCAGCCUGCUUCCCCUGUCCUGAACCUUCUUCAGCACCAGCAGCAGCAGCAGCAGCAGCGGCGGCGGCAGCAACGCCGCUUGUCCCUGUGUCUGUUUUACCUCCGGUGCUGCCAUGCUCUGCUGCUGCCCCCCCAGCUCCUGCUCCUGUUUCCUUGGCUUGCGCCCCUCCUCCUCCCCCACUACCUGCGCCUGCCACGGCUUCUGCUGCUGCGGGUACUGGCACAACCAGUGGCCGUGCUGAUGCUGGUGUUGGUCAUCCCACCACUGCUUGCCAUGGCAACUUGCUCCAGCCUGUUCCUGCCCGUCCCAUUCCCACCAGCCCUCUGCCAGUGCCACCACCUCCGUGCCACGCUGCCAGCAAUGCUGGCACUCCUGUUGGCAGUGGUAGGCUCAGUGCGUUCUCUGCAACGCCUCGAUCUGUGGCCUCUCAGCAAUCCCCUCUGUCGAAGCAGGUCUCUGAUGAUAAAUAGAGUUGUUUUGAUCGCGCUUAUUAUUAUAUAUUAUUGGACACACAUGUUCCAGCUGUGCAUUGGUCUAUAUAGCCUUGGUGUAUGACGCUUUAUU